UUUGAUGCACACCAAGUGUUUGAUGAAAUACCCGAAAAGAAUAUUAUUUGUUGGACGUCUUUGAUUUCGGCUUAUGUUGAAAAUCAUAAAUCCAAUAAAGGUUUGGAGUUGUUUAGGCUGAUGUUGAUGAACAAUGUGGAGCCUGAUCAAAUUGUUUUGACGACCGCUCUCUCUGCUUGUGCGGAUACUGGGGGACUCGAAAUGGGUGAAUGGAUUCAUGAUUUUGUUCGGCGUAAACAAGGGAUGAAAAUUGAUUUGCAUUUGAAUAAUGCUCUUAUAAAUAUGUAUGCUAAGUGUGGUGAUAUUGGAAAUGCAAGGAAGUUGUUUGAUAGUACGAGAAACAAAGAUGUAACAACUUGGACUUCUAUGAUUGUUGGGCAUGCAGUACAUGGCCAAGCUCAUGAAGCUCUUCAACUUUUCUCAGAAAUGAAAUUUAUUGUAUCCCCGAACGAUGUAACGUUCAUUGGAGUUUUAAUGGCUUGCAGCCAUGCAGGGUUGGUCGAGGAAGGGAAACGUCAUUUUCGAAGUAUGACCGAAGACUAUGGUAUAGAACCAAGAGAGCCUCAUUUUGGCUGCAUGGUGGACCUCUUAUGCCGAAGCAGCCAUCUGAGAGAAGCCUAUGACUUCGUGAUGGAGAUGUCGGUGCCUCCGAAUGCGGUCAUGUGGCGAACCUUACUGGGGGCGUGUAGCCUCCAUGGUGAUUUAAAGCUAGCCACUGAAGUUCGGGAUAAGUUGAUCAACUUGGACCCUGGCUAUGUUGGUGACAGUAUUGCUUUGUCGAAUAUUUACGCGGAUAAAGAAAUGUGGGAUAAAAAGAUUAUUGUUAGGAAUCAGAUUAAACAGUGGAGAACAACUCAACCCUUGAGUUAGUGAAAGAAGUGGAGAACAACUCUCGACACGCUCCAGUGAUACUUCCAAAAUAUGUGACAUCCGUCUUACGA